AUGUGUCUUGGCAGUUACAUCGCCAGCAUGUGUGGCGACCUGGUGCAGCGCCUGGGAAUGGACGAGAUAUUUGCCGACGUGACGGCACUCAUCCUCCAUGGUGACGGCUUCGGCGGAAGCAUCACCAGCAGCAGCACCAGCAGCGGCGGCGUCGGAACCGCAGCGCCCCACGGCAUCACGGGGCAUGUGUACUCCCCGGGCAGCGGAGGAACGCUACUUGAGGCACAAACGGGACUCGAGAUCUCUCUCAACGUAGACGGUAGCACUACAAGCGGCAGUGGCGUCAGCGGUGUCGGAAGCGGCGAGCAAGGAAUGAACAACCACGACCACAUCACCGCCAAUCCUCGCGGGGGCACGCCAUCGGCGAGUGCGCGGCAACGCGCGGGCCGAUCGACACCGCCGAAAGUCACCGAACCAUCGCAGCUAGCCCGAGCGGGGCGUUUGGUUCCGACAGGGGAGAAUCAAGGCACGAGUCAGGGCAGCACCGGGUCCGGGGAAAGUGGUAUGGGCUUAAGGAACGCUCCCGUGUCGUCGGACAUUGUCAGCGGCAGCGUCGGCGACAGCAAGCACGCGUUGAGCGGGCCGGAGGGCAGGGACUCACGAGGCGGCGGCGGCUCCGGCAGCGGGGCCACCGCUGGCGUUGUUCAGGGGACAGGAGGGGGAUGUCGGUGCGGAUGUCACGAGAGAUUGUCAGCAGCGAGCGCGUUCGCGGAGCGCGUGAGGAAAGGUCUCUUCGAAGCGGUCGGAUACACGUGCAGCGCGGGGAUAGGGUGUUCGAAGAUGACGGCAAAGCUCGCCGGGGAGCUGCACAAACCCGACCAGCAAACGACCAUUCUUCCAGAGCACGCCAUGUCCAUGAUCACGCAGCUCCCGCUCCGCAAGCUGCCUGGCUGCGGGUACUCGACGUGCGCUAAGAUCAAGACCGAGCUCGGUAUCACGGAGAGCCGCCAGCUACAGGAGGCCCCCUGGCCUCUUCUCGUCGAGGCAGUGGGCAUCAAGCUCGCGAGGGUCCUGUUCCUGCUGUGCAGGGGAGAAGACUCCACCCCUGUGUUGCCGUCGGUUCGGCCCAAGACCAUGAGCGACGAGGACUCCUUCAAGCGUGGUACCGUCCGAUCGCGAAGUCAGGUGGAGCACCACGUCCGCCGCCUCGCCAUCCCGCUCCUAAAGCGCGCCGGGGAACGCGCACGCCUCCACAAGGAGGCCCCGGAAACCCUGCGGUUCGGGUUCCGCCGCGCCAGCAAGGGGUACGGCGUCCGCGUAUCCCGCCAGUGCCCGGUGUCUUCCGGGGUGGCGGUGGCGUUCGCGGUUCUGCCGCCGGCAGCCGGCGGGGCGAGGGUGACGGGAGCGUCCGCCGCCGGGACCCGGGCGGGGGAUGGGGGCCACGUGGAAUCGCCGAUGAUGAUGACGACGAGGGCGGCGGCAGUGGGGACGGUGGCAGCGGAGGCGAGAUCAGCCAUGGUGAUGACGGGGGCGGCGGAAGGGACGGCAACGGCCGCGGCGGCGGCGGCGGCAGCGGAACCGAUGGGAUCGCCAACCACGGCGGCGUCACCCCUCCUCCCGCUGCUGCAGCAGAAGCAUCAGCACGAGACUGCGGCGGCGGAGGCGGCCUUGUCCGAGGCGGUGAGGCUGGUGAUGGCGCUGUUUGACAAGAUGGUCCACCCGGAGGAGGAGGAGAAGGGUACACUGGAUCUGACGCUGCUCUCGGUAGGCCUCGCCGGGUUUCGAGGCCUACGAGGCGGGGCGCAGUCGGGGAUGGCGAGAUAUCUCGAGGCGUCUGAGCCCUCACGACUAACGGCCGGCCCAAGCGGCCCCGCCCGAAGCAGCACCAGCCAAACAACGACACGUGCCAACGAUGAAGGAGCCGAUGCUUUCGACAGUACUGCCGUUGCCCACAGCACAGACGGCGCUUGGCCUUCCCGCCGCCUCCCUCUUCGUGACAAACGAAGCUCUUCGCCCUCUCCCGCGAGCUCAAAUUCGAUGGACCGUCCCCGCCUAGACGGCAACGACUCCCCCACCGGUCUGUCGACUCCGGCUCCCCGGUUACGCAUCUCCGACCCUCGAUCUGUAGCGCCAAUCACUGCUUCCGGCGCGGCUACCACCGGUUCUACGGUAGAUUCAGCUACCGCCACAGCAGCGGUAGCAUCUGGCGGAGAUGUUGAAUCAUCACGAGCGGCGACGUCGGGAAAGAAACGCCGCCUGCGGCCUGUGGAGAACCCGUACCGCUUAACCCAGUCCCAGCGGCGGCAAGAGCGGCACCGAUAUCGUGAAGGAGGGGGGGGCACGCAGACGCCGCCAUUGGAACGGGGUGGGCUAGACGAUCGACUUGUGAAUGUGAGAUGUCGACCAGCGGCUUCCGCAAGCCGAGCCGAUGCUGACGACGGUGCCAGUGAACACGACGAGUGGUACGGAGCGGAGGUGCUGUUGGUCGGGGAAGGGGGACGCACGGUGGUGGGACGGGGAAGGCUGGAGUGGUGUGGGCCUUGCGGGGCGCAUGUGCUACGGUCAGACAGGGAGGAACAUGCCUCCUCGAGUUUUCACCAUGCCCGCGUACAGCGGUCAAGGUUAAGGCUUCAGAAGUGAUUGGCGUUCUCCACGUCGAUGUGAUUUCGCGCUCCAAAAGUGUUCUUGGGAAGGUGUAAUAUGAUAGCGGUCAGUGCGAUACGUUUUUUUUCUCGGGCGACAUUUAUAGGCAAAGCGUAUGAAUUGCAUACGAGGACUUUUUGGCCAUUUGUUUUUGUGAAAUUUGAGGUCCUUUUCGGUAGAGUGUGUACUUUGUCUCCCCCAGACUAAACCUUAAAAGCAUUCGCGCCCGUGAACCAACGAGGUCAACACUUCAGAGCUGUUUCUUUUGCCAAAAGUUCCGCGGCACGUCUAUCAGAGUCUCUCUUUCUCCCUCUCUCCCUCUCUCUUCUAUCGUGCCUUGCGAAAGCUUGAUUUCUCUCUCGGUCGCUCGCACUCCCUCCUUCUAUCUCUUGUAGCUUUGUCUCUUUGGUUUAACGCCCAUCUUCUCUGCCUUCCUCUCGCUCUCUCUCUC